AUGGAAGUUUUGAUACCAAAACUUCCAUCUUUCAAAUUUCCAAGUUCAAUCACUACUAGGACCUCAUCGUGUGUUAGCGUUGGGUUCCGACGUUUAUCUUCUCUCCCUGUUCGUGCAUCAACCGUUAAUCAAACAGUAGCUGAACCGGCUACUGGCUCUCCCUCUUUGGGUCACUCUACAAGACCUCAUUUCCCUAUUCUUCAUCAGGAAGUAAAUGGCUCAAAACUUGUUUACAUAGACAAUGCAGCAACUUCUCAGAAGCCUACAGCUGUUAUAAAGGCAUUGCAAAACUAUUAUGAAGGUUACAAUUCGAACGUGCAUCGGGGCAUACAUUUCUUGAGUGCCAAGGCCACAGACGAGUACGAAUCUGCUAGAAAGAAGGUUGCAGCUUUUAUUAAUGUCUCCGAUUCUCGAGAAAUUGUGUUCACAAGGAAUGCUACGGAAGCUAUCAAUCUAGUAGCUUAUUCUUGGGGCUUGUCAAAUUUAAAACCAGGAGAUGAGAUCAUACUUACAGUUGCCGAACAUCACAGUGCAAUUGUUCCAUGGCAAUUGGUUGCUCAAAAAGUUGGGGCUGUUUUAAAAUUUGUGAAUUUAAACGAAGAUGAAGUUCCAGAUAUAGACAAAUUGAAGGAAAUGCUUUCAAGGAAGACCAAAAUAGUUGUUGUUCAUCAUGUGUCAAAUGUGCUUGCUUCGGUUCUUCCUAUUAGAGAUAUUGCACAUUGGGCACACGAUGUUGGAGCUAAAAUUCUUGUAGAUGCCUGCCAGAGUGUUCCACACAUGACUGUUGAUGUUCAGAACCUUGAUGUUGAUUUUCUUGUAGCUUCAUCUCAUAAGAUGUGCGGGCCUACAGGCAUUGGAUUCUUAUAUGGUAAAAUAGACCUCUUGUCUUCCAUGCCUCCAUUUUUAGGUGGUGGUGAAAUGAUUGCAGAUGUAUAUUUUGAUCAUUCAACUUAUGCCGAACCUCCAUCAAGAUUCGAGGCUGGAACACCAGCUAUUGGUGAAGCAAUUGGAUUAGGAGCAGCAAUUGAUUACUUAUCUGGGAUUGGAAUGCAAGCCAUACACGAUUAUGAGGUGGAACUGGGUAACUACCUGUAUGAAAGGCUUCUUUCAGUCCCAAAUAUUCGCAUCUAUGGGCCAGCCCCUUCAAAAGAAGUCAAAAGAGCUUCUCUUUGUUCUUUCAAUAUUGAGAAUUUGCACCCUACUGAUCUUGCAACAUUUCUAGACCAACAGCAUGGAGUGGCUAUCAGAUCAGGUCACCAUUGUGCCCAACCCCUCCAUAGAUAUUUAGGAGUCAGCGCAAGUGCACGUGCUAGUCUCUAUUUCUACAACACUAAGGAGGAUGUUGACAACUUUAUCCACGCCCUCCACGACACAGUCAGCUUCUUCAAUUCAUUCAAGUAG